UCAAAAUUUUGUGGAAUGUCAGUGGUGUAUUUUUUAUUGGUUUAUUAAAGAUGUACAAGUACUUCAAAAUUGUUUGUAAUUCUGUGUCCCACAACCGAUUCCUGCGAAUAAGGCUAGGUGAGAGGCUUGCAGGAAUAAAAGUCGUAAGAAGUGAUCCAAAUUUGAGGUUAUGUAACAAAACCGAUUUGAAAUUAUCACUUCCUUCUAAUUUGGCUAUUGCUUUAAGUAUAUUGACAUGGCUAGGUUUUACUAAAGAAGAUGAAGACAAAGAAUCCGAGCUCAUAAUGACUCUAAAACGGGCAGUAUUAUGUACCCAAAGAGAACAGUAUGACAAAGCCGAACAAAUGUUGCAUCUGGCGUUACGACUAGCUCAACAACAGCAGAACGAACAAGGUAUUAUUUAUUGCUACGAUUUAAUGGCAAAUUUAGCAUUUGAUCAGUAUCAGUUAGAUAAAGCAGAAAAAUUAUUUGUAAGUGUUAUGCAGAUGCUUCUCGGUCAUGGCAUGCCUCAAGAUGACCUUAAGGUGAUCCAUAUCAGUUUAAAAUUGGCUAGAAUAUGUCAGCUAAAAGCAAACCUCGAGAACGCCGAGAUAGGCUACAAAUGGUGUUUGGAUAAAAUUGAAAAACAGAAGAAUGACAAUGUAGACGCACAGAUUUUAUACGGAGUUAUCAACGAUUGGUACGCACAGUUCCUGUUAGACAAAGGCGAUAUUAGUAACUCCUUUAAGUACUUACACGAAGCUUAUAAGGUUUGUUCGAAGGUGAGAGGUAAAGAUAGUGAGAAAAGUGUUUUGUUACUUAACGAUUUGGGUAUCACAAGCUUCCGAGCUGAAGAUAUGGAAAACGCUGAAAAGUAUUUAAAGGAGGCUGUCAACGCAGGGAAUAAAUUAGAAGACAAGUCACAUUUAGGAGUUGUCCACGCAAAUCUUGGAUUGAUUCUCUUGCAGAAGGGGAUUGUGGCGGAAGCGCAGAAGUUUUGUAAAGAAGCGUGGCAAUUAGGGAGGAAAUAUGAAAACAACGAAUCCAUCGAACAGGCAAACUACUGCCUCGAUCAAAUAAAACUCAAUCUAGGAAAAUAAUUUUUAUUAGCAUCAUAUUUCCUAGUCAAAGUGUUACAAGUGGCAUUGUUUGGAAAAAUAUAACUACCUAAAUGGCUACACGGAAUUAUUUAUUUUUAGUCAAUACAUCAAGAUUAUACAUUUAAGAUGUUUUGGAAGAAAUUAUAUGUCGAGGAACACUGACAAUUUUCAGAUCUACAUACUGAAGUAUUUUUCUUAUAUUUUCCUUCACAUUUGUUGUUGCCUUUUUUUUUAUCUUAGUUGUUUUCAUCCACAGUGACAGUAAAUACACUGUAUAGUCUGUAUAUUUGUUAUUACAGAAAAAAUAAACACUUUUUAAAUA